AUGGAAAACGGAUACAAUCAAGGAGGUCGGUCAUCCUUCAGCGCCGGCCGCAUCAUAGGGGAUCCUUUCGCUCUGGCGACCAUUUCCAUUGGCAUGCUCGCUUGGAUUAUCGCCUUCGUCAGCUCCAUAUUAUCUGCCGUCAAAGGCGGUUUCCCUAACUUUGCUUGGUGGACGCUCGUGUACAUGCUCUUCUGCAUCGUUGGCGUCAUAGUCACUGUUGCUUCUGACUCUGAGCGAACCUACCAUGUCGCUAUCACGAGCUACCUUGCGGCCGGCCUUGUAUUCACGACCUCAUCGGUCAACUCGCUCGUUUACUCACCCGUUCCUGCUUUCGAAGCCGCUGCGGCGGGCUACAUUCUGCUCUCCAUGAUCGCGAUUGUUUGGAUCUUCUACUAUGGAUCCCAACCUCAGGCUGCCCAUCGCGCGUUUGUUGACUCGUACGCCCUGCACAAGGAGCAACCAGGAUCCCGUACCUCUCGCCAGAUGUCCAACACGUAUGGUACCCGUCCGGAAACCUCAGCUGCUGCAAACCAGGCGCCUCAGAUGUACACCUCUGCCCAGCUAAGCGGAUUCGAGACCUCGUCCCCUGUUACAGGCUAUCCAGGUGGUCCCGUUGGCGUUGAUGCCAGGGGCUCGUCGCAACCCCGCUUCGGCGGCAUGGCCAACACGUCUCAGAUCCAGACACCGACGAAUGGCGUUGAAGAUACUCAACAAGAUGCUCAAGUCGAGUACCCCUAUAGGGCAAAGGCUAUCUACAGUUACGAGGCCAAUCCCGACGACGCCAACGAGAUAAGUUUCCAGAAACACGACAUUCUCGAAGUUUCGGAUGUCAGCGGCAGAUGGUGGCAGGCUAAAAAGCCCAAUGGCGAGACGGGUAUUGCGCCCAGCAACUACCUCAUCCUGUUAUAA